AGCAGUCUCUUAAAUAUAAAACAAGAAAAAAAUCAUUUAAAAAACAUUGCACUCUAUUAUUUACAUAGAAGAAGCUAAAGACAAAGCAGAGAGAUAAGAGCGCGAUGAGACGUCAACCACGUCCACGUCCCUCGCCACCGCGUUCUCACUCAUCUCCGUCGUCAUCUUCAUCGGAGUUCGAGUUCAACGUCUCCAUCUCUCCUCGAAAAGCUUCUUCUUCGCUCUGUCCCGCCGAUGAGCUCUUCUACAAAGGCCAGCUCCUCCCUCUUCAGCUCUCCCCUCGUCUCUCUCUCGUCCGUACACUCUGUUCUUCUUCUUCCUCCUCCUCUGACUACACUUCCUCUUCCUCCGCCGCACGUGACUCCACCGAGUCUUCCUCCUCGACUGACUCCACCGCCUCUUUUCCUCUCCUCCGCCCUCCGCCGCUCGAUGGCUGCGACUCUUCCCGUCCUAGCUCCGUAACCGACGAGGAAGAUUUGUUCUUUAAACCGACGAAGAAGAACACUAGCGGUGGUUUCUCGCUCUCUAGAUUCUCCUCUGUUUUCAAGAAAGAUCACAAAACCGUCUCCGCCGCCGCGGCUCCGUCUUCGGUGAAGAGAAUGAGCUCAACGGCGAAAGAGGUAAUCCGCAAAUACAUGAAAAAGGUCAAACCUUUAUACGACAAGCUGUCUCAGAAACAGAGCAACACCGUUGUCGCGUCUUCGAAAACAGAGCAGUUAUCUCUCAAACACUCCGGGAACAUCCGUGGAACCUCCGCCGUCGCCUCCUCCUCCUCCUCUGCCAUCACCUCCAUUCCGGCCGCUGCCUCCAGCGGCGGCGGCGGGAUCUCUAUCUCUUUCUCAGGAAACCUGAUGAAAUACACGAAACGUGGACGGUGCGCGGCGAGCUGUCCGUCGUCGAUGAGGUCAUCUCCGAGUCACUCCGGCGUGCUGACACGUGGCGGUUUCCCGGGUCAAGGAGGAGGUAGCUGCAGCAGCAGCAUCAACAACAGUAUGUCUUCUUCGAUGGAAGAGUUGCAGAGUGCUAUUCAAGGAGCUAUUGCUCAUUGCAAGAACUCAAUGAUGCAGAAGAAUAUGGUUAGUAGUCUUGAGAUCUAGUUUGAUGCAUCUCAUUUAUGUUUUUAUGUUCUUGUCUUUCUAGACAUUUUUAAAAUUUUAAUCUACUCUAUUUUUUUGUCUUAGAAUUGCAAGUGCGAUCCAAACAUCCGAUAUAAUUAACGAUGUUAAUGGUUUAUUUUAUCUGUUUGAUUAA